CAAGGAGCUUACACUACCAAUUCAACAAUUUAGAGGAGCAACAUAAAAUAAAAACAAACAUUACUAUCCCCAAAUUCCAUUACAGCUCCAUCCAAGCAGUGCAGCAGAAAGCAAGAAGCUAGACAACCCACCAGUACUGCAACAAAACACAGAGGGAAUUCCGUUCCCAUGGACACAAGUAGGAGCUUAAAAACCUUAAACAUCACAACCCCUUUACCUUUCAACUUCCGUUCAAGAGCCUCUCUUUUACGUCCUUUCUGCUUAUCACAACUCAAGAAGCAUUUCAACCCUUCUCUUCCACUGUCUCAAUGCUACUCUCCUAUUUGCUCUCAAUCUGGAAGAGGAAAUGGGAAUUCUUUGCCAGAUGGAGUGGGUAAGGGAGUUAACGAAGUCUCUCGCAAUAAGAAGCUUCUUCAAGUGGUACUAGUUUCUCCUCAGAUUCCUGGAAAUACAGGUUGCAUUGCAAGAACAUGUGCGGCAACGGCUGUUGGCCUACACUUAGUUGGGCCCUUAGGAUUCCAAGUUGAUGAUGCAAAACUAAAGCGUGCUGGACUAGAUUACUGGCCAUAUGUGGUUGUGAAAGUUCAUGACUCCUGGGCAGAGUUUCAAGACUAUUUCAGGCAGCAGGAAGGGGAUAAACGUCUGCUGGCAUUUACUAAAAGAGGAACAACAACUCAUUCAGAAUUCUCCUAUAGGAAAGGCGAUUAUCUAGUAUUUGGCUCAGAAACAUCUGGCUUACCGCCUGAAGCCUUGCUGGACUGCAAAAGCGAAAUGUUUGGUGGUGGGAUGAUCAGGAUACCUAUGGUUGAAACAUAUGUUAGAUGCCUAAAUCUCUCUGUGAGUGUUGGCAUCGCUUUGUAUGAAGCUUCUAGACAGUUAAACUAUGAGCAGCUUCAAUUCCCCUCAGAAGAUUUUGUGAACGGCGGUGAACAGUCAUUUAUCACCGAGGAUAUUUUUGCUUGAUAUUAAUACAUCACCAGCAAACCAGUGAGACCAUCAAUGAUUAUUUGGAAAUUUUGGAUAACAAUUUGAAUUUUUUUGGUUAACAGGGAUUUGUAGGAGAGGUAACAUUCAAUUUACAAACCAAAACAGUAUUUAACGUUGUUUUAGUUGAAA